AUGUUCAAACUAAUUAUCGUGUUGAUCGUGGUUUCUGCAAUUUUCGCGCAGAAUCCGUACCAGGUCUAUCGAAGAUAUCAUUCGGACUACUAUCGACAACCUAUUCAUGAUUUUUUCAAUGAUCCAAUAUGGGGUGGACGAUCGCAGAGUGCAGCAUCAACUCACAACAACAACAACAAACUUGCAAACAGUCUGAAAAUGAACUCGACACUUCUUGCUGUUCUAUUCUUCGCUUUCUUCCUUGUGGUUACCGUGGAAAGUGCUGUCAUCUCCCGAUCAAGACGCGCUGUUGAAGACUACUAUUACGGAAAUGGAGUCGUCCACAAUGUUGUCAAUGAUAAUCUGAUUGGAGGACCAACUAGCCUUGGAUGGGCUCAAGUUCCACACGUGCUCAGCCCAAUGUUCUCGCCAGUCUUCGGCCGUUAA